AUGAAUAAGCAACAAGGCAAAGGGUCGUGCCUGCCGAACUGUGCGUUCUGCGCAAAACUGAUCCCUCAGAUGGAGGGCCGCACCGAGUUCAUGGUGGAGCAUACGCCGGUAAAUCAUGGUACACCGGCCGGCCAGCAGCUGUACGGUUUGCCCGUGCCGAUCGAUUUGAGCUUCCUGGACGAGUUUCCGCCGGUGUCUCCUGACGCCGACCGGGCGGCAACACGCCCGCAACACCCAGCGGUGAUGCGCCAGCAGCUGAGCUAUGCGGAAGUCACGAAACGCAAUCUAAGUCCGCCGCACUCAGCAUCGACCGGGCAACAGAAAUCGGUAACGGCUGCAGCGGCCGAAAAACACCCCGGCAAAACCAUGCAUCGCUGCCGUGAGGGCGAACCGAAAGCUGAAUCCUGCAAUAAGCCGAUGGCGAAGGAAAGCUGUGUGAAUCAUUCUUCCACUAACCAACUGAAGAACGGCUCAUUAAAUCAGGCGCAGGUUGGCGCAACUAACUUUCCGGGGGCAGCAAAUCAGCAGAGCGUGGGUGGCAGUGUGAAUGUUGUUGGUUGUCAGAAGCAAUACACCGUUUCGCGUACAUCCCAGCUGUCGACAGAGCAGAUUCCUUUGCAACGUGACUCGUUUCGGCGGGCAAUGUUUUCGAAGGAAGCUAUUAGCCGGUGGAACCGGACGCGUCUGGAGCUGAUGGCUCAACCGAACCCGGUGAAAGAGAGGCAAAUAGCGUCCCCCAUUCCGAGGGCUGAGUUGCAGAAGAUAUGGGAUAAGCUAGGGUGGUCGGAUAAGACGCGGCGUAAUAAGCCGAUGCUUGAGACAGCCUGGGGGGAAGCUGUAGGCCGGCUGGACGAAACGCGCCAGGAACAGAUGGAGCAGCAACGGCUUCCGGAGAAUGCAAUCGACCGGCAUCACCAGAACGGGCCGCAAAAUGAUUUGCACAUGCAUAAUGUUCACCACCAAAAUAUCCAGCAAAACCUUCAGCACCACCAAAAUAUGCAGCAGCAAAACCCUCACCACCAGCACUUGCAGCAGCCACCAAUGCAUCACCAGAACGGGCCGCAAACUGACCUACAGAAGCAUAAUCCUCAUCACCAAAAUUUGCAGCAGCAAAACCCUCACCACCAGCACUUGCAGCAGCCACCAAUGCAUCAUCAGAACGGGCCGCAAACUGACCUACAGAAGCAUAAUCCUCAUCACCAAAAUUUACAGCCGCAAAACCUCCAGCAUCAGCACUUGCAGCAGCUACCAAUGCAUCACCAGAACGGGCCGCAAACUGACCUACAGCAGCAUAAUCCUCAUCACCAAAAUUUACAGCCGCAAACCCCUCAGCACCAGCACUUGCUGCAGCCACCAAUGCAUCACCAGAACGGGCCGCAAACUGACCUACAGAAGCAUAAUCCUCAUCACCAAAAUUUGCAGCAGCAAAACCCUCACCACCAGCACUUGCAGCAGCCACCAAUGCAUCAUCAGAACGGGCCGCAAACUGACCUACAGCAGCAUAAUCCUCAUCACCAAAAUUUACAGCCGCAAACCCCUCAGCACCAGCACUUGCUGCAGCCACCAAUGCAUCACCAGAGCGGGCCGCAAACUGACCCACAGAAGCAUAAUCCUCAUCACCAAAAUUUACAGCCGCAAAACCUCCAACAACACCAAAAUAUGCAGCAGCAAAUCCUCCAUCACCACCAAAAUAUGCAGCAGCAAACUCCUCAGCACCAGCACUUGCUGCAGCCACCAAUGCAUCACCAGAACGGGCCGCAAACUGACCUACAGAAGCAUAAUCCUCAUCACCAAAAUUUGCAGCAGCAAAACCCUCACCACCAGCACUUGCAGCAGCCACCAAUGCAUCAUCAGAACGGGCCGCAAACUGACCUACAGCAGCAUAAUCCUCAUCACCAAAAUUUACAGCCGCAAACCCCUCAGCACCAGCACUUGCUGCAGCCACCAAUGCAUCACCAGAGCGGGCCGCAAACUGACCCACAGAAGCAUAAUCCUCAUCACCAAAAUUUACAGCCGCAAAACCUCCAACAACACCAAAAUAUGCAGCAGCAAAUCCUCCAUCACCACCAAAAUAUGCAGCAGCAAACUCCUCAGCACCAGCACUUGCUGCAGCCACCAAUGCAUCACCAGAACGGGCCGCAAACUGACCUACAGAAGCAUAAUCCUCAUCACCAAAAUUUACAGCCGCAAAACCUCCAGCAUCAGCACUUGCAGCAGCUACCAAUGCAUCACCAGAACGGGCCGCAAACUGACCUACAGCAGCAUAAUCCUCAUCACCAAAAUUUACAGCCGCAAACCCCUCAGCUCCAGCACUUGCUGCAGCCACCAAUGCAUCACCAGAGCGGGCCGCAAACUGACCCACAGAAGCAUAAUCCUCAUCACCAAAAUUUACAGCCGCAAAACCUCCAACAACACCAAAAUAUGCAGCAGCAAAUCCUCCAUCACCACCAAAAUAUGCAGCAGCAAACUCCUCAGCACCAGCACUUGCUGCAGCCACCAAUGCAUCACCAGAACGGGCCGCAAACUGACCUACAGAAGCAUAAUCCUCAUCACCAAAAUUUACAGCCGCAAAACCUCCAGCAUCAGCACUUGCAGCAGCUACCAAUGCAUCACCAGAACGGGCCGCAAACUGACCUACAGCAGCAUAAUCCUCAUCACCAAAAUUUACAGCCGCAAACCCCUCAGCUCCAGCACUUGCUGCAGCCACCAAUGCAUCACCAGAGCGGGCCGCAAACUGACCCACAGAAGCAUAAUCCUCAUCACCAAAAUUUACAGCCGCAAAACCUCCAACAACACCAAAAUAUGCAGCAGCAAAUCCUCCAUCACCACCAAAAUAUGCAGCAGCAAACUCCUCAGCACCAGCACUUGCUGCAGCCACCAAUGCAUCAUCAGAACGGGCCGCAAACUGACCCACAGAAGCAUAAUCCUCAUCACCAAAAUUUACAGCCGCAAAACCCUCACCACCAGCACUUGCAGCAGCCACCAAUGCAUCAUCAGAACGGGCCGCAAACUGACCUACAGAAGCAUAAUCCUCAUCACCAAAAUUUACAGCCGCAAACCCCUCAGCACCAGCACUUGCAGCAGCCACCAAUGCAUCACCAGAACGGGCCGCAAACUGACCUACAGAAGCAUAAUCCUCAUCACCAAAAUUUGCAGCAGCCACCCCUCCAUCACCCGCAAACUGACUUGCAACAGCAUGAUGCUCAUCAUCAAAAUAUGCAGCAGCAAAAUUUAUCGCAGCAGAACUGGCCGCAGCGGGAAUGGCCGCAGCGCGAUUGGUCACAGGAGCAACUGCAGAAGCAUAACAUGCACCAGGAGCAAUUACUGAAGCAGAAUCUGCAGCAAGAGCAAUUGCACAAGGAGUACCUGCAGCAGCAGUACCGGUCGCAGGGCAGCUUGCAGCAGGCAAACUUACCAGGGCAGAAGGAAAAAAUGCCGCAGCAGAAUUCGUCGCAGGAAUUACAGCAACAUAACACCAUGAUGCCACAGCAGGCGGUGGCGCAGCAGGCGGUGGAGCAGCAGGCCGUGGCGCAGAAUGUGGGGCCAUUACAGCAGGCCGCGGCACAGCAGGCCAUGGAGCACCAACCCAUGGAGCAGCAGGCCAUGGAGCACCAGGCCAUGGGGCAGCAGCGUAUGCUGCGGAAUUAUUCUCCGCUACGAAUGAUUCCGCAGCGGCAAUUCCCGCGGCAGCGCGUACCACAACACCGCAUGCAGCUACAACGUUACCCGACACAACACUGGCCGCUGCAUCGCAUGCCACAACAAGGUACGUUCCAGCAUCCCGUGCCACAGAAGCCACAAGAACAGGCGCCGGGGUAUGCGUCCCAGCCGAUACAAGCAGUACACCCACCCAUCAAGCAUCAGAGCGAAAUGUACUACAGCAAAUGGUCCGAUCCUGACGAACCAUGUUUAUACCAGAAGUCGCGACCGAAGGAGGAGCAGCCGAUACGUCCGGAAGAUCAGUAUCAAAACCGUCCGAACACAGUCCCGUCCGCUGGAGGCGUUAUGAUGUCGCGUCCUCAACACUCAUCCAUGGCGAUUGAUGAUGAUCAGAUGUACAUGCAAAAACAACAGCAACCUGGUACUAUGGUGGGUCAACCGUUGCAAUACGCCAAACACCGUGCUACAACCACCAUGGAUGCAUACGGCCCGAGAAACAUCAACGGCUCUAAUGGGCCUGCAAAUCAACCACAACAGCAGCAGUAA